CCUUGACAGAGCUAACGGAGAUGCACCGUCUCGAUGUUUACCUAUAUUAGCCAUUCAGAAAGUGCUCAUCUAGAUCUCGCAAAGGAUCAGCAAUAGCUCUGUGUACUCGAGGACUAUUAGGGCAAGGAUAGAAAAGCACUUUUGGAUCUCAGCAGGUUAGACCAGCUAUAGGUGGGUUUGUUAUAUACAAUUAUGCGCCUUCCUUAUUGAACCUUUUGGUAUGUAUUGCCCCAUUAACUAUAGCAAAGAUCCACCAGACGAGAAACUCCAUUCCGCACUGCUGCUGAGUGGUCGGACUUAUCCACCUCAGGGAUUCGUGUCAUUUCUGUUUUUUGAAUUUGCGGGUACUAAGAGUCCUCUCACUACCAAUCAGCAGACAUCAUUAUCUUGCUGGGUCUUGCCGGCGUCUGUGAGAUCAGAGCAACAGGGAACGCCUAGACGACGACGCCCGUCCAGGGCUGAAGUAAGUAGAUCGAGAGGUCGUUCCGCCCCUUGUCUCCGAGGAUGGGUAAUAUGUUCUCAUACGGAAUUGUUGCUAUCCAACUUGAUUCUAGAGGGCCUAGCUGGCGAGCGAUCCCAGUCCGUGGCAGAGAACAAGACAGCAAGCGAGCGUACCUUUGUUAGCUUCUUCUCCACCAAGCACGGAAGUUUAAGGAUAACUGUAGGUCGGUGGCUACCUAAGGAAACUCCGAUUCGAUCCGCCCUGCUGGGAGGCAUCUACCUCAUCCCGAUCACAAGGAGAGGUUCACCAUGA